AUAGGAGAUUACUAUAAAAAUGAGGCAACUUGGGGUUCACUCAUUAAUUGCAUCGUAGAAAAAAUGAACAUGAAUGAUUGGGACAUGAGAACAUGUAGAAACAAAACGCGGUGUAGGAAGAAGAUGUUGAAGAAGGCCUCUCUCUCUCUCUCAACCAUAUCUCAUAAAUGCUCUCUCUAUCUCUUUCUCUGCGUGCUAUAUAGUGUUAGUAACUAGUCAGGUGAGAUAUAGCAAUUGUAUACUGAUCAAGCGAUCAUUAGCAAGAUAGUAGAACAACAUAUCAAAGAUAUGGGGAAAGUAUCUUUUGGGUUUUUGGCUUUGAUGCUUGUAGUGGUGGCGAUCGGGGUUGUAGAGUGUAGGAGAUUUGAGAAGGAGACGUUAGGAGGUGGUGGUGGUGGACUUGGUGGUGGUUUUGGCGGCGGCAAAGGUUUUGGAGGAGGCAUUGGUGGCGGUGGAGGUGCCGGUGCUGGUGGAGGUUUUGGAGGUGGUGUAGGAGGAGGCCACGGUGGCGGUCUAGGAGGUGGCAUUGGUGGAGGCCACGGUGGAGGUAUUGGUGGUGGCGCAGGAGGUGGUGCUGGUGGAGGACUUGGAGGAGGCCAUGGUGGAGGAAUUGGUGGUGGUGCCGGAGGAGGACACGGUGGUGGUAUAGGAGGUGGGGCUGGUGGAGGACUAGGAGGAGGCCAUGGUGGAGGUAUUGGCGGUGGUGUUGGAGGAGGACACGGUGGUGGUCUAGGAGGUGGUGCAGGAGGCGGUGCUGGUGGAGGGCUAGGAGGAGGCCAUGGUGGAGGUAUUGGCGGUGGUGUUGGAGGAGGACACGGUGGAGGUAUUGGCGGUGGUGCAGGUGGAGGGGCCGGAGGAGGAUUUGGUGGUGGUGCAGGCGGAGGAUUCGGAGGAGGGGCUGGUGGAGGAGCUGGCGGAGGAUUCGGUGGUGGUGCAGGCGGGGGUCACGGUGGUGGUGCAGGCGGGGGAUUUGGUGGAGGAUCGGGUGGAGGAUUCGGUGGUGGUGCCGGUGGAGGAGCUGGCGGAGGAUUCGGUGGUGGUGCAGGCGGGGGUCACGGUGGUGGUGCAGGCGGGGGAUUUGGUGGAGGAUCAGGCGGAGGGUUUGGUGGCGGUGCCGGUGGAGGAGCUGGAGGAGGAUUCGGAGGUGGUGGUGGUGCCGGUGGUGGAUUUUAAAUUUCUUGGUACUUAAAAUAUUCAUACAAAAUCUAUUCUUGGCUUUGAACUAAGCUUGGGCUAGUUACUUAUGUACCAAGUCAUACGAGAAGAAAGUAUAUCAUUUAUCUUUUGUGAUUUAUUUUGCAAGAAUAAUCAUAUCUAAAAAAUGUAAAACCUUUUUCGAAUAUUUACAAAUCAUUUUCGUUGGUUUGUUAAUUAA